AUGUCGGAACCAACCGGCCUCGUCGCUAAGAGCGGCAUCGAGCUCUUGACCUUUGGCACGCCGAACGGCUGGAAGGCCAGUAUCUUGCUCGAAGAGCUGAAGGCUGCGUACGGCAAGAAGUACACAUACCAGUCUAUAAACAUCCUAAAGAACACCCAGAAAGAGCCGUGGUUCACAGCAAUAAACCCCAACGGCCGCAUCCCGGCGAUCGUCGACCACGACCGGGGCGGCUUCGCCGUCUUCGAGGGCCUAGCCAUCCUUGGCUACCUGACGCGCCUCUACGACCCCGAACACAGGUUCAGCUUCCCCGUCGAUAGCGAAGACUACACCGUCUGCGAGGAGUGGAUGGCCUGGCAACACGGCGGCCUCGGCCCGAUGCAGGGACAAGCGAACCACUUCUUCCGCUUCGUUAAGGAGAAGAUACCCUAUGCCGUGCAGCGCUACGUUGGCGAGACGGAGCGCCUGUACGGGAUCCUGAACGCGCGCCUCGCGGGGCGCGACUUCAUCGUCGGGCCGGGGCGCGGAAAAUUCAGCAUCGCCGACAUCAACCUGCUGGGGUGGUGCAACAUCGCCGUCUUCAGCGGCAUUGACAUCGACGCGUUCCCUCACGUCAAGGAGUGGAUCGACCGCUGCCUAGAGCGCCCUGCGGUGCGCAAGGGCAUCGCCGUGCCGGACGAGAGCCAGAUAACCAACGACACCAUUAAGAAGUCGCUGGAGGCGGACCCGGAGAGGAAGAAGGCGGCGGAGGAAUCGGCCCAGUUUCUGAAGGAAAGUAAGGAGAAGUACGGGUACAAGUAUGCCUCGCCUUGAAAGGGGCGAGAGACGAAGGACGGAUGGGGUUCCUAAAAUGAAGAAUAGACGGGGGAAAGGAAGAGAGAUCGCCAACGGCAGGCCAGGGGUGGAGCGAAGUGUCAGAUUGAUGUAACGCUAUGCCCACGGCAAUUAAACGAAAUAUCAGAUGCUCUCUCCUCACCUCCAACGUGCUUGCGUACCAGUGAGGUGUCGUCCUAACGGCGAUGGCUUCCGGCCGGAAGAAAAGAGACCCAUAACUCGGUGCUAACUCCCCCGGGAGGAGGUGCGAAGUCUUGCCGUCU